UUUGUAAGUAUGGAUUCUGUGCCAGCGUCUCGUGUAAUAAGUGAAGAUAACGGAUUAAAUCGUGAUGACGAUCAAAUUGGUAUUGAAAGAAUUAAAGUCCUUUUAACAGAAGAACAAGUGCAUAGUGAUACGGUUGCCAGACGCCGAAGGAAAUUCACUAAAAAAAGAAGUACAAGUUUAACACGUAGAGAACCCACACCGGUAAGAAAUUUGAAUGAUAAAUAUACAUCAGACGAAGAAUUAACCGAACAAAAACCGAAGUCUCCCGAAAGGCCGAGGAGACCUAGGAGAACAAAAAGCUCUGCUAGACGUAAUUUAAGCGAAACCGAUACACCUUCAAUAGAAGAAAGCAGUAAAAGUAAUAAUGUUAGUAGAAAUAACAGUUUUAGAAGUAAGCUCGAAACAUUCAAAGCUGCAAUACAAGAACCAAAAGAUAAACCGAUAAGGAAGAAAAGUUUGUCGGAUAUGGCACAAGAUGAAAUGGUAGCGAUUUUUAAUAAAACUAAAAAAAGUCUAACGAAUGCUGCUUUGAAAGGUAGAGAUAGAUUUCGUAAAGAUAAAGAUGUUGUUAAAAGAAGUCGGUCGGCACCAAAUAAAAUCGUAGAUAAGGAGAUUUCUGUAAUAUUGGAACAAAAUAUAGCCGAUGAUACUGUGGAGGCAGUGAAAAAUGGAAGUAUUAUUGAAGCAGAAAAACCAAGAAAAUAUUCUGACACUAGUCUUAAUACAGUUAUUCCAGACAAUGAAUUUACAAAACCUCUAAUAAAAAAUGCCAAAGUUUUGGAAUCUCAUUCUACCUCCGACUUAAAACAAAGGAAAAAAACAGCUUACUCUUCAAAAGUGGUAGAAAUAUUAGACCCGAAAACACAGAAUGUAGUUUCUAGGAAAACAAUUGUUAAGUUGCCCCAGAUAAGACUAAGAGAUGUUUUUAAAAUUUUCAAAUAUUAUUCCAUUAUAGACAUUAUCAAAGCUUUUAGACUGUAUAAGGUUGAAAUGCGGGUAGAAUACGUGAGAAUAAAGCUCUUAUGGAACAAGUGUAUGCUGGAGUUAUUCCUAAUUAUGAUGUUUUGUGGUACCGCUGGAUUAAUUUUCAAGUAUACAGAAGGUAGAUUUGAAAAUUAUUAUAAAUGUGGUGUCAAAAGAGUAAAAAGGGACUUCAUAGAUUUAUUAUGGAUCAAGAGUCACAACUUAAGGGAAGAUGAUUGGAAAUCAUUAUUUCGAAAUAAACUGAGAACUUUUGAAGAAGAGCUGCAUACAGCUCACGAGGCAGGUAUGAAAACAUACAGUGGGCAAAGAUCGUGGAGUUUCUUGAAUGGAGUAGUCUACGCCCUGACUAUUGUUACUACUAUUGGUUAUGGCCACAUAUACCCAUCAACUCCAACAGGUAGAGCCUUGACAAUAGUGUACGCAAUCGUUGGAAUACCAUUAUUCCUCAUAGCGCUAACGGACUUUGGAAAAUUAUUCACAAGAGGCAUAAAAUUUCUGUGGUCGUUCGUCCGAAGACUUUACUAUACAGGAAGCUGCAAAAGAGUUAGGAAAAGUGCGACUGCAUCGGAAAUCUUUCGAGGUGCCCAACUAAUGUAUGGUAUAGCUACAUUUCGUCGCUCAAGCGUCAAUCCCGACGAAAGUGCCGUAUAUAAUUAUCCUUCGUUGCCUGUAACUAGCAUUGGCAGUUUAGGAAACGAAGGUGCUUCACGUGAUGAACUAUCUGAUGAAACUCCAACCACACCUGAAUUAUCUACUUUCGAAAUAGACGAUGAGUUUAAUUUGCCAAUAUCUGUGGCUCUGUUCAUUUUGGUUGCUUAUAUGUUCAUAGGUGCACUUGUUUAUUGCGCUUGGGAGAGAUGGGAAUUUUUUACUUCAUUUUAUUUUGUGUUCAUAUCGUUAUCUACGAUAGGUUUUGGUGAUUUCAUUCCUGAACAUCCGAUUGUAUUAAUACUUUCAAUAGUUUAUUUAGUAUUUGGAUUAGCUUUAAUGUCAAUGUGCAUUAAUGUCGUGCAAGCUAAACUGAGUAAUACUUUCCAACAAGCUUCCAUCAAAUUGUCUAGUUCUAUGGGAUUCGAAGUUGCUGAAAGUGGACAAUCCCUUGACUUCGAUGCAGAAUCUGAAAUAGCUUCUGUGCACAAAAGCCUAGAGAAUGGAAAUACGGAGUAUGUUGAUAAAGCAAUUACAAAUAAAGAAAACAACAACGCCAUUCAUGAGAAGCAGGUUAAACUUGAAGAGGUGAAAGCAAGCUCAUGAUUGUUUGAAUGAAGAAAUAGAAAUGUGAUAUUUCCUCAAGUACCGUGAUUACAAUUUGUUCAAAUGUAAAUAGAAAUGUCUGUUCUCAAUAUAUAAUGUUAAAAAAUUAUAAUAGUCUGGAAAUGGAGUAUCAAUUUGUUUCGUACAAAGCUCAGUUUGUUUAAAGUGUAUAUUUGUUUUUAUUUUUUGUUCUGUGAUAUCUAUGGAAUUAGCUUUUACUUGGGUUGAGUUCGAUGGAAACCAAUAAAACUUGUGUAUACCGAUAAUUUACUCUCAGUUGCUUUGUAUUUACAGUAGAUUGAAAUUUAUGUAGUGAAAUGAACUGAGGUGUCAAUUAAUUGAGAAUCAAACCUUAUUUUGGCUAAAAUUUGUAUGUUAAGCUUUGACUAACGAACAAUCUUCACUUCAUCUGCCAGUUGGAUUUUUAUCGAUCUGAUCAAAUUUCAUUUGAUGAAGUUUCCAUUUCAAUUUUGAUCUUUGAGACAAAUACAAAAUUGAGAACCGUUUCUAGUAAAUUUGUUAUUGUUGUUUGAGAAAAAACGAAUCUUAGUGAUAUUUUUGUGAGUAGGUAAAUAUUGCUAUUGUAUAAAAUAUUUGGUUAUUAUAUGGUAGGUUUGUACAUAAAAUUUGAUAUUAAAAUAUCUACACUUA